AUGGGUCAAUUGGGCACUCGUCUCCUCGAGAGCUGGGCUGGAGCUAAGCUGGACGAUGUGUCGGAUAGGGAAUCCUACCCGCCGUACCUCGAAUUAGACGCCUCGAGCUCUAUGACGAUUUCAUUCAUUCCCCUGUGGAGCCCAUUCGCCUCGGGGCUGAGCGACAACCCAACGCUAUGA